UGUCCCGGGGCAGAUUCACGGGCAGACCUCACAACUCCUAAAUCUUCAAAGAAAUUCUCUGAAAAACUCCCGUGGAGCUGUUUCGGGAUUGCACCGCGGACAGGCCUCUCCCAUUUCUUUGUUUUGAGUUUUCUGGGCGGAAUCCAAGCUACUUUUUGACUCACAGACCGUCGCACAACAGGUGCAUUUGGAUGGCGAUAAACCCGAAGCAAACUCCAGCAGCUCCGCACAGGGAUUUGAAAAACAUUGCGGUGAUUCCACUUAAAGCAGCCGAGUUCGAGUGGAGCAAAUCGGGUCAUGGAUAGUAAGACGUACCGGGCUCAGGUCGACAACAGCCAAGCGAAAGAAAGGAUCGGCAGUGUGGACCCCUAUGGCUUCGAGCGCUCUGAAGACUUUGACUACAGCUCGUACGAGGAGAUCAUGUCCCAUUACCUCACCAUUCUCACUCGCAGAUCCAUAAAGUGGUCCAAACUCUUCAAAGGCAAAAACAGAGUCCAGAAGAAUGCCAAAUUAAAACGUUAUGUUCGUAAAGGCAUUCCCAACGAGCACCGGAGCCUAAUCUGGAUGAUGGCCAGUGGGGCUCAGGAUCAAAUGGAGAAGAACCCAGGAUUUUACCAGUCACUGCUUUCAGCACAACAAGACCCUAAACUCCUGGAGACCAUAAGCACAGACCUAAACAGAACAUUUCCAGACAACAUAAAUUUCCGUAAGAUGUCAGACCAGUGCCAACUGAAAUCCCUGUACAAUGUGCUGCGGGCCUAUGGGCAUCACAACCAGGCUGUGGGCUACUGCCAGGGAAUGAACUUUAUUGCUGGUUAUCUGCUUAUCAUUACUAAAGAUGAAGAAAAGUCCUUCUGGCUCAUGGAUGCUCUAAUCGGAAGAAUAUUGCCAGAUUAUUACACUCCUGCCAUGCUGGGGUUAAAGACAGACCAGGAGGUUUUGGGGGAGCUGGUCCGUCAGAAGGCGCCGGGGGUCUGGAAGACGAUGAUGGACAAUAACGUCAUGUGGACUCUAGUGGUGUCACGCUGGUUCAUCUGCCUGUACAUAGAUAUUCUGCCAGUAGAGACGGUCUUGAGGAUUUGGGACUGUCUGUUUUAUGAAGGCUCAAAGAUCGUGUUCCGAGUGGCUCUGACCCUGAUCCACCAUCAUCAGGCUGAGAUACAGAGGGCCCAGUCUCUGCCCGACAUCUGUGAGGUUUUCAAACACAUCACGCGCGGGCCCUUUGUCGACGAGUGCCACAUCUUUAUGCAGAAAAUCUUCACAGAAACUGGAAGCCUCUCUAUGGCCACAUUGACCAAACUGCGGACCAAAUGGCGAGCACAACUGACUGAUGAAUCCUGAUCCAAGCUGCUGGAAAACUUUUAACACAUUCCCAAAUAAGAGACUUUGCACCUUUUUACAUCCACCUUCUUCAAACGAUAGAUACUACUGACUUCACUGUCUUAAUAUGAAUGCAAUGAAUGUAGAAAAUGUUUGUUAAUCUGACAUGUAGCUUAGUCUUACUUAAGUAGGAUUAUUUUCUAUCAAGCUGUGGAUACUACGCACUUUAAUAUGUCAAACACUGUAAUAAAAAAGAGGUAAUUUGAAUCAUGUUUUGAAAUUUUUUUUACUGUUUUUGACCAGCAAUGCAAGUUGAGAAAAUAACGAGUAGUACAUGAAUAGGAGUUGUCUGGUCCUAAAGAAUUUCAAGACUUAAUAUGAAGUUUUCUAAAUGAGAAUUAUUGUGAAAACGGCGACAUGUUUGAAUAUAAGAUAGAUAUACUAUCUUCAUAUUUUGCCAUGUGUCAUUAUUAAGUUUUGAAGGAAACGUAUGGAAAAUUAACUUUGUACCUUAAAAGCAUAAUAUGGAUUCUUUAAAGGUGCACUGUGUAACUUUUCUGGUCUGCCACCUGCUUGUCUUCAUGGUGAUAUUACUUUGCCUGGGAUAUUCCAGAGUAUGGCAUUAGACACAUGUCUUGUAUUUAUUUAUUCAGUUACUUUUUAUUUCUCAAAAAUAUCGCAAAAAUAUGCAUUAUUACUGUAAGCAGGUCCACUUCUCCACAGAUCUGACCUGUGACUCGGCCUGGUGAUGUGAGCUGCUUGUCUCUAUGGGGAUAGUUAAAGAAAAUGCCAUACUGUAAAACAUU